AUGGAGGAAAAAUUGGAAGACUGCUGGAAACAACAUGGUGGAUCAAUGUCAACUUGGACGCAGAAAUUUAAUGGAAAUCAGACAUAUGCCUUGCUGAAACCUCAAGCAAUAGAUGCAAUGUUUGAUUUAUUUCCGAGUACUCCACAAUUGGAGCACUUAAGAACAGCAGCAAAACAUCUCGGAAUUAUAAUGAGCAUAAAACUGAGCGAUCUGAUGCCGAUGAUCAUGCCAAAUUCGACGCAUCGUUGAAAGGAUUUUGCUCUGAACUCAUUGCCGCGGUUCCUGAAGACCAUCCGAUUGUCAAAUUCCAUAUGCUCGAUAAACAUGUACCAGAUUUCGUAAAGAUGUUUGAUUCUUGGGCUUUUGUUUCGGAACAAGGAGGGAAGGAAUCUAUGCAUAUGUUAAUGCCCUAUUCAGACAGUGAGUUUUUGUCAAAACAUUCUGACAACAAAUCUCAUUUUUCAGUUAUGCUUCGGCGAAAAAUCCAGAACUUAUUCUUAGAAGAGUCUUCACCAGAAUUCUGCUAA